AUGGGCGACUACGAAGUCUACUGCUCCCUCUGCGGCUUCAUCCUCCACGACCUCUACCUCGAAGACGCCUCCUACGACUACCGUCGGUCCCAGCUCCCAGCAGGAGAGGAAGAGCCACCAUGGCUGAACGAGAUGCAGGUGAUAGGGGAGAAUCUGGACUCCCUAACUUUGAAUAAAGUAUACGUGUCCGGCCCACAAACCGCAUGCGCCGUCGGGAACAGCUUCGACGUUGAUCCAGGCGAGGAUCCACGUUUCCCUGCGCGGGGACAGGUGCGCUAUGUAGAUGAUGGACGGGCUGAUCUUUGCGUAUACGAAUGGACCGUCAACGGCUACAUCAUCCCCUACCACCGCGCAUGCUACCAUGUCUUGGAGAAGGCUAUCGCAUUCUACAGUGGCGCACAGCCCAUCGAUCUUGAUAUCUUGUAUGGAGUUCUCCGUGGUAUAGCCGCCUCCCAUCCAGAAAUCCAGGCCGCCAAAGUCCUUCCUGGCAUUGACUACGGCGGGGCCGCACGAGCACACCGCGGAGGCUGGUGGUGGCCACGUCAGGGAUACGAGACGUACACUUGGGAUCCGACGGAUAUUCCUGAGUUGCGGGGGUAUUAUGUUGAAAUGCCUUUACUUCAGGGAGCCGACUCUGGCGACGAAGGAGGGGAAAAGUCCGCUGUGCGCAAACCGACCUCAGAUCCGUUCGCCGGCCUGCCGACGAAGGUCCUGCACUCCAUUCUAUAUCCCCUGCCGAUAUCAUCUGUAGCACAUCUCCGCAUAGCGAGUCCGGCAGUUGCACAUACAAAACUCAGCAACGACUUCUGGGUGAGCAAGCUCCGCCACGACAUGCCCUGGCCAUACGAUCUCCCCACCAAUCUACCCGCCAGUGGCGGUCAACUCGACUGGGCACGCAUGUACCAAGACCUCUAUCUACGAAGCCAAGAUGACUUUCCCUUUCAAAUGCGCGGUCUCGUCAACAGGCGACGUAUCUGGGGAAUCUGCGCGCAGAUAGCACAACCCUACGCGAUGGCAAAGCGGGCUGAAAAGCCAAGACAACCUCGCCCGCCGAUUCUGGACGACCUCGUCGCAUCGCCGAUGCGCCCGCUGCGUCUGCCGCGGGUGCUGGCUCCCCGGAUGGGGUAUUUGCUGUUAGUCGAUGAGAUGGAUGGGUUUUGCGGUCCGCGUCCUGCCUUGACGGUGUGCUGGUCCCGCACGGGUACGCUCGCGGGCUUCGAAACCCGCUAUAUCAAUUCCCAGGAGAGAGAAACGAUCGAGACAGUCGGGGCGACAGCCCACUGUCUCACCCGCAACGAAGUGCGCAUCGCCGCCGACGACUGGAUCCGGGGCUUCAUCAUAACCUCGCGCAUCGACACCAAUGGAGAGCCAUACCGCAGUGUCACCGGUCUCCAGGUCCUCUUCCUACAUGGGGACACACUCCAUCUAGGCAACACAACAGGCGACAAGCGACUCCUCCACGCUGAAGGCGACUAUCUCUUUGUGGGCUUGACAGCGCAAUACAGCGACGAAUGCGGGAUAACCGCACUCUCCCUCCUCCAAGCGCGCCCUCACCCUCAGGAUACCCCCGCGCGCACUCUCUCCCAGUCGCAAUCCCACCAUCCCCACGCACACACGACCAUCACCUCCAAGCUAUGGAAAGCGCUCCCACCACCAACGCACCUCAUCACAGAGCGCCAGCCAGGGUUCUGGCCUGAUAAUCUCGACCCAUCUCUCACACCCAUGGAAUGUCUUACCUUCGGUCUAACAGAAACAGACCUCGCCUCUAUAACAGCCCUCUCAGUGGACAUCUCCCUCGGCGGAAUCCAAAUCCAGUACUCCAACCAACCUCCGAAAAGCAUCGGUCCGCGCCUCACAGCACUCAAAACCAUGCCUAUAGAUGGACCCUCCGGAGAACGCAUCACGGCGCUCAUAGUCAACGGUUCCUCCAACAACGGCGUGGCGGUUCAAACGAACCAUAACCGACAACUUACCGUUGGGUCGCGCGUGGGGGGAAAGCACUAUUUUGUUCCUGGGGAGCAUCAAUCCAUCACUGGCUUAUACGGGGCGUGGAGGGAGGGUAGAAUGCAGUGGAUAUCAACCACCUUCUCUUCCCCGAACCAUCCUUCCCCAGACAGACCCACAGCUCAAUACGAACCACCCUCGACCCUCCCCAUCCACACCCCAGAAAGCGAAAACACCAUCCCAUGGGACAUAUCGCCCCCACCCACAUCAUACACCCCCAGAGGUCCAAGAUACGGCACACACACCUGGACCAGCAAGUACGGCGGGUUCGAAAACGAGUGUCCGUCUCCGCGGACGGCAUCCGCCGCUUGGCUGGAUUGUAGUCGGGGACUGCCUUUAGAAAGGAUAAAGGUGGUAUGUGCUCACCCGACGAGGCGACUGCCUUUUUCGCCUGUGGGGAUUGGCCUUUUCUGGGCGGGUGGGAUUGUCGAUUGGGCUGGGGUUUCUGUUAGUGGUGAUUCUACUGCUGCUUCUACUACUGGUGACGCUCCGAGCAACACCGCGAGCAACACUGGCAUUGGCACUAGCAUUGACAGUGAAAAAUGCCCUUGCUACGAAGACACCCAAAGCCCGCUCUCCCAAGAACAGAAAUUCCGCACACCACACUUCACCCGAGAGGAGUGGAUCGUCAACGAUGGCAGUGGAGGAAUCCUCCACUCCCUCCGUCUCUGGACACAGAUCCCGACAACAGGAACAGGAAAAGGACCCCUCCGGGGCUUCCAAUUCGUGUGUACCGGGACCGGCACCGGUACCGGUUCCACCGGGGAAGGUCCACCUUGGGGAGACUGCGAGGGUGUUCCCGGUGGUGUUGUUUAUUUUGAAGAUACCUCUACUUCUACUCCUACCACUCGUCAGUCUAGAGGUGAUACUUACGAGGGUCCUACCCCAGAGGAUAAGACCCACGAACACAAUACUCAUGAGGAGGAGGAUGCGAAGGAUAAAGCAAUCGGGCUGAAAAUCUUCAUAGACGAGAACGACAGACCCGGUGUGGAGGACCCCAGUUCGGUAUAUUCUGAUCCGGUGAUGGUUUGCAUUCAGGGUUUGUUUAGAAACGCUUAG